UUUGAGAUUUUAAGUGCCUUUUGUUUUCUCAUUCUUAUUAUGUUCUACAAUCUCUCAGAGGUGAUAUGGUCUUGUUCUCAGUCGGAUGGCUUAAAUUACAUAUCUGAAGCUUUGAUUUCUAGAUAAACAACCCAACUGGAUUUAAGAUGUCUCCUACCGUCUCAAUUGUGCAAGACAUUAGUGCAGAUUCUACUGCAGCCUGCCCAGAAAUUUCUUCAGAGUUUCUAGUAGAACGCGUAGUACAAUUGUAUGGACAAAUUAGUGUGCUUGAAAGCCUGAAACCAUCCAAUACAGUGAACUCUCUCUUAACUGAGCUGGUUCAUGUCUGCACAAUGCCCAUCUGUAUAAACAUCAAUGAACUGAGCAAAGAUGUAGAGGAAGUUCGUUAUAAUCUUAUCCUUCUCUGUGCAGAAGCAGAAUACCUGCUAGAAACCCACUUCUCAGUUCUAAUCGGUACCCUCCCGGAGCCCCUAGCAAAUCUCCAUCUCUUCCCAUAUUACUCAAACUACAAAAUGUUAGCAUCCAUGGAGUUCAAUGCAUUGACUGGAAAUAACAUUCCUAUGCCUAUAUCAAAACUUGCUUUUGUGGGCUCAGGACCUAUGCCUCUAUCAUCCAUUGUCUUAGCAAAACAUCACAUGUCUUACACAUUGUUUGAUAACUAUGAUAUGGAUCAGGAGGCAAACUCCAUGGCAAGUAGACUUGUUAUUGGUGAUCCAGAGCUUUCAAAAAGAAUGAUCUUUCAUACAAGUGAUAUAAAUGAUGUGGGAAAGGAUAAGCUUGCAGAAUAUGAUGUUAUUGUACUGGCUGCUCUUGUUGGAUUGAAAAAGGAGCAAAAAGUGAGGACUAUUGAGCUACUUGGAAGGAACAUGAAACCUGGUGCUGCAUUGUUGCUGAGGAGUGCCAAGGGUGCAAGAAGCUUUCUGUACCCUGUUGUGGAAGAGGAAGAUCUUGCAAACAAUGGGUUUAAAAUUAUCUGUGUUAUCCAUCCUACCAAUGAAGUUAUCAACUCAAUCAUCUUGGCCCUUAAGCCUACCAAAUAAUCAUGUCCUUCCAAAUAAUCUGGUCGUCCAGUUUGUUUAUUGUAUUGAGUUUGUAUCUUAAUUAUGUCUAUAAUUAAGUCUAUGAUUGUGCAUUUUAAGUAGUAAUUUGGUUUCUUGCUGGUGUGAUACAUCCAUUCUGGUCAUUGCUUCAAUAAAGAUCAGGAUUUGUCAUCAGUCCCUUGUAAUCUAUGUAUUGUGUAAAUAAAUUGGAAGACUGUAUAUGUUCUCAUUAUGUA